CAAAGUACAACGCUAGAGCGUUUAUUCAUUGUCCCACUGCGAGUACUACAAUAGUUUGUGGUUGGCACUUUGCAAUUUUCCAAUCCGAUGCGCAACACGUUCGUCGCACUGGCCGCCGUCGCCGCCGUCUCCGCUGCCCAAUGCGAGCUGGGCUGCAUCACGACCCGCGAACCUGUCUGCGGCUCCAACAACAAAACGUACUCGAACGCGUGCUACUUGAAAGUCGACGCGUGCACGACCAAGGAAGAGAUUACAGUCGCCAAGCAGGGCGAGUGUGCGUGCAGCAACAUGUGCACGAUGGAAUACGCCCCCGUCUGUGGUAGCGAUGGCGUCACGUACGGUAACAAGUGCUCGCUACAGACUGCGCAGUGCAAAGACGGGUUGAUCAAGCUCGCCAAGGACGGCGAAUGCAGUGGCGCGUGCAACACGGUGUGCACGAAGGAGUACAAGCCCGUGUGUGCCUCGGACGGCAAGACGUACGGCAACGAGUGCGAAUUCAAGAAUGCCGCGUGCAAGACCCCGACGCUGACCAAGGUGUCGGAUGGCGAGUGCCCGUCGUCGGGAAAAACGACCACCGCACCCAACGUCACGUCGGCCAUGGCGACUACCAUCUCUGUCCCCACCACCACGGUCAAGUCGUCGGCCAUGUCGAUGGCCUUGUCCGCGUUUGUCGCCUUCGUGGCUUUGGUUGCCGCGUAAGCAGGGCCUAAACAUAUAUAUAUUUGGAUGUGGUUUCGGUUGGA